GGCCCCUGUGCUUAUUUGCAAUACAAGGUGGAGACUGUUUUCCCAAAAAAAAAGGGGAGUAAUUCGAAAUGAGGGCCGGAAUUUGAUCGUCUGAUUCGGAUUUACGAGGGAGGGUGGGGAGCUUCAGGGGAAACCGGGGCCCCUCCCAAGAGGGGAGUAAUUCGAAAUGAGGGCCGGAAUUUGAUCACUUACGUGGCCUCGGCCAAACAGAUUGCUAGUUGGAUGCUCAUGAAGCAAGAGAGUAAAGUUACGUUAGACAAUCAAACACACACAGUGUACUUCAGGCCUUGGAUGUCGGAACACCAAUUGUUGAUAUGGAGGGACUUAAUGAACCGUGAUUUUUUCUGGAUCCGGUGUUUGGACGUUCCAGUGUCCGCCAUGGGCCUAUUAAAAGGAGCUGUAGAGGACGCUUUCGGACCAAUAAUUAGGGACUAUGCUCCGUUCAAGUACCCAGUGACCCCGGACUUGAGAGAUCUCCGCUUUGAUCUGGCUCUUCCGGCAAAAGCGCGAUAUAAACAGCGUCUCAUUGUUGACCUGUGGGAAUUCAGUUCCAUGGAUAUUCAAGUGGCCUGCAGCGACACACCAUGGUAUGCCACAUGCAGACGUUAUUUCCACAAGUCCACAGAUGAUAACUGUCCGAAAAUGAAGAAGGAGCCGAGGAAAGAGCAGAAAGCAGAUGAGGAGAAAUCAGACAAGGAAAAAGGGGACGGAGGAGGUGAUGGGGAAAAGAGGGUGGAGAAGGAAAAGGACAAAGAGCGGGAAGACAAGGGAAGAGAGAAAGAGAAGGAGGAGGGGGAGAAAGGUCAGAAAGGAGAUGGGAAGGAGCAGAAGGAUCAAGAGAAGGCUGCAGCUGAAAAGACAGUUGAGAAGAAUACAGAGCCAAGUCGGGAGAAUGGUCAGGAGGAGAAUGGAGGAGGGAGAAACAAGGGGAAGGAGAGAGCGAGUAAAGAUAGGGGAAAGGGUAAAGGAGAAGAGCAAGGUGAAGGGAUCAAGAAGGAAGAAGAUUAAAAAGGAGAAAAGGUCAAAGGGGAGGGAAAGCAGCCCGACCCCUAUUCCUGGAUCUUCCUCCCCUCCCCUGGGCUCCUCCCCUCUUAGGAAUCGUCCUUCUCCUUUCCCCCCCCCCCCCCCCCCCCACCCCCUCCACUGCCGCAAGGUCCCCGACAGCCGAAGGAGUUGGACGGAACCGCGGGCACAGUAGUAGGAAAAGUGUCUGUAGGAAAAGUGUCUGCAGAGAGUGAAUUAAUGGAGGAUUUAGUGGAAGGGCUGCAAGGAGGUGACAACAGCGGGGAUCUUAAACAGACAGCUGUCACGGAAGAGACUGGCCGGAAAGAGGAGACUGCUAAGUUCCCACUCAAACCACUGAAAGUGGGGACAGAGGGUAUUAAGGGAAUCUCCUCCGAAGCGCUAGUCCAACCCGUAAAUGCUGCAGACAGACAGCCCCUCGACAGUACCCAUAUGUUGCAGGGGGAUGUUGGCCUUAGAUCGGACCUUGACGGCAGCACACCAAGA